AUGAAUGGUUUUCGAGACUAUAGGAGGCAUUCCUCCGCGGUCAAGUCAACAGAGCGCCGUGAAAAUCGACGAAACGAAAAUAUUAAUUAUAUGAUAAUAUACGUAGGUGGUAGACUAUCGCUGUUGUUGUCGGUCGACAGGGUGAUGUUGUCGGGCAGCAGCUGGCAACCUUAUCAAACCAUGUGCCCCGAGCUCGUAAACCGUUGUACGCGCGUUUUCACUGGUAAGUGGUACAGUGGUACCGACCGGGCGUCAACGACGAUCCGAUCGUACUGCGGUACGGACUUGAGACGCGACUACGCCGAGGGCAAACUGUCCACUCGGCGGGCGGUGGACAGUCGUGGUAUAGUCGGUAUACACUGGUGUCUGAUAGUGGACACUGGUCAGAGUACGUCCGAGUCCCGUGGUGAUGCCGUAGUGCGCGGUUGUAGCAAUAGCACUGUUGCAGUCGUGUUCUAA